GGCGGCGCUCCGGAGCAGGCUGGGCCGCGGGCCGCGUCGCCUCUGUCGGAGCGGAGCGGAGCCGAAGCGGGACCCGGAGCCCGAGCAGCCGCCGUCAUGGCGAUCAAAUUUCUGGAAGUCAUCAAGCCCUUCUGUGUCAUCCUGCCGGAAAUCCAGAAGCCGGAGAGGAAGAUUCAGUUUAAGGAGAAGGUGCUGUGGACUGCUAUCACCCUCUUUAUCUUCUUAGUAUGCUGUCAGAUCCCCCUGUUUGGUAUCAUGUCUUCCGAUUCAGCUGACCCUUUCUACUGGAUAAGAGUGAUUCUAGCCUCUAACAGAGGCACGUUGAUGGAGCUGGGUAUCUCUCCCAUUGUCACCUCUGGCCUCAUCAUGCAGCUCUUGGCUGGCGCCAAGAUAAUUGAAGUUGGUGACACCCCAAAAGACCGAGCCCUCUUCAACGGAGCCCAAAAAUUGUUUGGAAUGAUCAUUACCAUCGGCCAGUCUAUCGUGUAUGUGAUGACAGGAAUGUACGGGGAUCCUUCUGAAAUGGGUGCUGGAAUCUGCCUGUUAAUCACGAUACAGCUCUUUGUUGCUGGCUUAAUUGUCCUACUUUUGGAUGAACUUCUGCAAAAAGGAUACGGCCUGGGCUCUGGUAUCUCCCUCUUCAUCGCCACGAACAUUUGCGAGACCAUCGUGUGGAAGGCGUUCAGCCCCACCACUGUCAACACUGGCCGAGGAAUGGAAUUUGAAGGCGCCAUCAUCGCCCUGUUCCAUCUCCUGGCCACACGCACCGACAAGGUCCGCGCCCUCCGGGAGGCCUUCUACCGCCAGAACCUGCCCAACCUCAUGAAUCUGAUCGCCACCAUCUUCGUCUUCGCAGUGGUCAUUUACUUCCAGGGCUUCCGAGUGGACCUGCCCAUCAAGUCUGCCCGUUACCGAGGCCAGUACAACACCUACCCGAUCAAGCUCUUUUACACCUCCAACAUCCCCAUCAUCCUGCAGUCAGCCCUGGUGUCCAACCUGUACGUCAUCUCCCAGAUGCUGUCUGCCCGCUUCAGUGGCAACCUGCUUGUCAGCCUGCUGGGCACCUGGUCGGAUACUUCUUCCGGGGGCCCAGCCCGUGCUUAUCCUGUUGGUGGCCUUUGCUAUUACCUGUCCCCUCCAGAGUCUUUCGGCUCCGUGCUAGAAGAUCCCGUCCACGCUGUCGUGUACAUAGUGUUCAUGCUGGGCUCCUGCGCCUUCUUCUCCAAAACGUGGAUUGAGGUCUCAGGCUCCUCGGCCAAAGAUGUUGCAAAGCAGUUGAAGGAGCAGCAGAUGGUGAUGAGGGGCCACCGAGAGACUUCCAUGGUGCAUGAACUCAAUCGGUACAUCCCCACCGCCGCGGCCUUCGGUGGACUCUGCAUCGGGGCCCUCUCCGUCCUGGCUGACUUCCUGGGCGCCAUCGGUUCGGGAACUGGGAUCCUGCUCGCCGUCACCAUCAUCUACCAGUACUUUGAAAUCUUCGUCAAGGAGCAGAGCGAGGUCGGCAGCAUGGGGGCCCUUCUGUUCUGAGCCGCGUCCACCCAGGACCAGGGAGUGGAAUUGCUGAGGAAGGGGGAACAAGACACCUCACUGUGGGCGCGCUCAGGCAAGGGCGUGCUGCUUUGGCAUGUGGACUUUUGUUUCAUAAUGUUUUUGAAUUUCAUAUUCUUUCAUUCCACUUUGUAAAGUGCUGGAAAUUUUCCAAUUUGAGAUUUUGCUUUUUAUUCUGGCAUUGGCAAAAGAACUGUAGCGAGGUUGGUUCGGCUGACUGCCGGCGGUGGGGAUGGUGAACGAUGAUCCCCGAGCAUCCACGUAACUUUUGUUUUAACCUUUGCACCUUCUCAGUGCUGUGGGCGGCUGCCGUGGUCUCAGCUGUUCACCCACGAAGGGACUUGUUGGUUAGAAGCACAAACGAUUUUGAUAUCUCUCCAUGUGGCUGUGGCGGGCGGCGUGAGGCCAGGGGCACAUCGUGUGACUCUUGGUGGACGAGGGCGACUCACGUGAGUCCCCUUCACCAUCAGGGUUAGGGGCAUCUGGCUUAAAAUUGUUUCUCUGGAAGACGUAGAUGUUUUCUCUUCUGAAAGUAGUGUUUUGGGCAGAGCUUCUUCCAAAUGAGAGGGCUGCACUUCCCAGAGACACUCCUGGGCCACCUGUGAAUUUUUCUGCGUGUGCCUGUUGGCGUUUCCCGUCGACUGUUUCAGUCAGGCUUCGAGGCUGAGAAGAAAGCGUUGGCUGGGCUCUGCCCUCUCUGUCUUCAGUUAGCUUGUGUCUGGUGGGGGGAGGUCGGGAAUUGUCUGCCCUCCGAAGUUGUGCCUGGUCGGGUCAGGCAGGCAGAGAGGACGUGAAGGGAUACCCGUCUCUUCGCUUCUCCCCAUCGCCGCCCAGCCGGCCUCCCUGUGGGUCACUCGCGCCUCCACUGGCCCCUGACUGGGGCUCCACGGCAGGGCCUCGCAGGCGACAUCUCAGCUCACAGGCCGCCGCUCCUGUAGGAUGACGGCUUCCACUCAUAUUUUUAGGACUUUUUUAUUGUACUUAGGACCAAAUGCGAGUAAGUAAAUGACAAGAUGCCACUGAUCUCUCAACUUCCACCAGAAGAGGGGGCCGCAGGCCUGAGAUCUGUGGUGAAAUCAGGGUUAGAGAGCAUGGUUUUUGGUAAGUUGCUCCAGUGUUUGAUAUAAAAAGACUUCACAAUUAUGACUAAAAUAAAUUCUGUUCAAAAGAACAGGUGAUUAGAUCUUAGGACUUGAAACCUCUAAGGCCUUUAGCGAGACUGCCUGCAGGGUUCUCGCUGGAGCCGGGUUUGGGGGUGAGUGUGGCCCGUGGAGAGAGGUUCCCCACCAGCAGCGGGCACACAGUGGCCUUGAAGCACAGAGCCAUGGUCACAUCCAUAGAGGUGCCAAGUCAGGCCCUCUCUGAGUCAGGAGGGUGCUCCCAGGAGACCUCACUGGCAGUGCUAACCAGGAAGCAGACCAACCAAGGGACAAGAAGCGACUUGCCUAAAGCUACCCGGCCAGUCAGCAGCAGAACCAGGCUGGGCCUGGGGAGUCUGGGCGCACAGCCCGGGGAUACCACCACAUCACGCGUGGCCUUGUCAGACCCAGUCCUGCGCAGAGACCUGAGCCUCCCCCACCACGCCGUCUGCCCGGCCCUCCCGUGGCUGGGACAUCUCAGCCCUGGGCAGGCAGGGCAUCCUCCCCAGGCUCCUGGGCCCACUGGCAGUCUGUGCCCUUCAGCGGGGCCCUGUGCGGCUUGGGCUGUGAUCAGUGAUCACACGGUGGGGGCUGAGCUCGGCUUCCAGGGGACUGUCACUGUGGACGCCAAAAUGGCAUAACUGAGAUAAGGUGAAUAAGUGACAAAUAAAGCCAACUUUUUACAAGCCAGUCGGUCCUGUUCUCUUGGUUU